ACCGAGUAGCGUUUAUCGCAGGAUUUUGGCCCACCCUCCAUUCUCGCUUUUGUUUCUAAGAACGCCCACACACCCAUCGAUCGACCGCCACGUUGUUGCCACCGUUCGCGCAGACAAGUCGAGCGCGCGUUCUCCCGUAAACCUCCUCUUUAGAGCCGAGUCGACGCCGCCACUUUUCUGACGCCAGGUUCACAACCAGGGUCCUAACGACAUUGCAUGGCUACCCCUAGUCAUCAGCUCCCUUACAGUCACCUGCAUCAUUGAGUGGAGGGUGUGGUAUCGCCUUAUGUGGGAAUGGCUGCCAUAGUCAGUUGAAAGGUGCGGAGACCGGCAACCAUGGAAAAAAGUGAAAAGAAGCCUAUGCGUUUCUCGUUCCGACGUCGGCCGAAAAGUGUCAGCGUCGACAGGAGUGAUCCGCACUGCGCCGAUAUAUCGCAGUAUCUGGAGAAACUCAACUAUGUCAGCCAAGAAGAAAUGGCGAAGAUCGACCAAGAGCUGGUGAGUGAGUACGCUUACAGCAUAGACCAACUGAUGGAGCUGGCAGGGCUAAGCGUUGCAACAGCCGUGGCAAAGAGCUACCCUCGCAAUACUCUCACCAAGGAUGGCACUGUGCUUGUCUGCUGCGGACCUGGAAACAACGGUGGAGACGGCCUUGUUUGUGCACGUCAUCUGAAAUUCUUUGGCUACAAGCCUUCAGUUUUCUACCCAAAGCAGAAUCACAAGCCUCUGUUUGAGAACCUGACAAAGCAAUGCCAAGAAAUGGAGGUCCCAUUCCUGUCAUUCUUGCCAGAUGCCCAGCUCAUCAGUGACUCAUACAAUCUGGUAGUGGAUGCCCUUUUUGGAUUCAGCUUCCGUCCUCCAGUGCGUCCAGAGUUUGUAGAUGUCAUGGAGAAGAUAAAGAAGGUCAAGAUCCCCAUUGUCAGCGUAGACGUUCCGUCGGGCUGGGAUGUUGAGAGCGGUGGAGAUGCAGACUCAAUGCAGCCAGAGUGCCUGGUGUCCUUAACAGCACCAAAACGUUGCGCGCGUCUCUUCAAGGGUCGCUACCAUUGGCUAGGAGGCCGCUUUGUGCCCCUGGCACUAGCAGCAAAAUAUGAACUCAACUUGCCACCGUACCCAGGCACGGAGCCAUGUGUUCUUCUGACAGCUCCACCAUCCUGAACAACACAGUCAUCAACGAUCCCUUUUCAAAUGGGUCACUGCCAAUGCUAAACCAUGCUCCAUUUGCUUCAGGUAUAGGUCUCUGUUCCAUGUUUUUCAGGCUGCCAUAUAAUUUUGUGACAGUGUAUCAUAGUAUGGACAGUGCUCACUUGCCAAUGAGAAAGAGGGUUUGGAGGCCUUGGAUCACGUGAGAAAAUCGUCUUGCCCUUACGUUACUAGGGAGUAUUUUGUGCUCACAUGUGCAGUGCACACUGUAUAGUGCCACAUGAUAGAAAUGCAAGGGAAUCAAUGCAAGGGUGAAUCAGUGUAUUAGUGUCUGAAAGCAGAAGUUAAAGUGCAUUAUGGGGUGUUAAAAUAAAGUGCCUAUGUUGUAAGUUUCGCUGUUUUGGUGGCAUUUUGCUCUUAGCCCAUGUCAUGAAGAACGUCAUCUUUUGUGUUUAAUAGCCCAUGCUUGGGAGUAGCUAGAACUGCUUGUCUCGCAAACAGUGUUCAACAUGUGGUGAACAGCAUGAAGCACAAGACAAAUUUUAGGAAGAGGGAAACAAAAAUAUCCUUUUAGGUUGAGUGUACGUAUUUUGGGUGGCAUAGGCAACUGCGACAGAUGCAAGAAAAUUAUAGUCCAACUUGUACGUGCAUGAUGUGCCACAAAACUGAGACACACAACCAUGGUAGCAAAUGAAAGAAUAGUACAGUUGACCCCCGCUUAUCCAGGCUUCGCUUAUCUGUAUCCAGUGCUAUUCAGACAAAAAAACAUGGGGACAGAUUUCAGUCUAUACAAUUUGCUUUCAUUUAUCCAAGCCUCAGUUUGUAAUGUUAUUGUAUGGGGUGAUCAAUCAAAGCGACCAUCGCUGAAGGUUGGGGCGAGGUACUAGCAUGACACGAUCAGGUACUGGGACAUAGAAACAAUCAUAAAACGUUUUAAAGGGAUCAUGAAAGGACAUUUGACGAGCCUACAACCAUUUUCAAUUUGUCCCUCUGUACCAAAGCAUUCAACCCAUGAAAUAUGAAGUUGAAAAUCGUUCAACUAGCGAAAAUAUGCUAUGUUAACCACAGCCGUGAACGGCGGCUGCUACGAUCCGCCUGCGAGGCGAACUGAUCAUGACGUCAAACACGGGAUGUUGGAGAUUCGUGGGCGGUCGUCUGCGAGCAAAUUGCAAAAUUUGGAAGCAAGCUCGCAAACUUUGUCAUGAAAUAUGUUUUAAUUUGUCCUGGAGCUAAGAUCGUAUCUAAUCGUUGAGAGAGAAUCCUAUCCCAAGUGUAAUGUAGUCGUUGAUUGUCGGCAUGGUUGCCGGAGCAUGUUCUCUUCUCUGAGCUUCUUCUUCGUCAGAAAAUGCCUGCCGGUGGCCUUUUGGGAGCUGCUGCGUACGGAACGAUUCCCAGACGCUGUGUGCGUUGCAUAAUCUCUUCCUGUAUUGCUGACAAUUUGCGUUUCACCAUAUUUCAGCUGAUUUCGACGUCAGAUAUUGACGGCGUCAUUUGUUGCCCAAACCAAAACCAUGCACCCUGUGGUCCCGAGGGGUACAUGCUCCCAGUCGUCCACAAUUGGUUGAGAUGACUGGAUGUUCAUGACGUAAGCCCGCUUUGAAGGGAUGUAUAUCCGGCGGUCACUACGGCAGCUAUAACUGCGCUCCUGGUGCACUGAAUACGAUUAAAAGUCGAAGUGUUUAUGAUAGUCAGGGAUGGUAAGGACCGUUUCCGGCAGAGUACAUACUACUCAGAAUUCGCAAAAAUCAUUGCAUGGUCCCUUUAAUACCAGUGUGUGGUGAAACAAAUUCAAUGCAGUUGAACCCAGGUGAUAAUCAGUCUGGGAAUCCCUGCAUUGCGGAGAGGAUGGAUAGACUGCAAACUUGGAACACCAAGGCUUCAAACAGUGGGGCUCAGCAGUUGAAACGACGCCCAAAAAAUAUAUCGAAGUGGUCAGGAAUGGUCUGCAAAGGGUGAUGUUUAAGAUGUUCGUUGGUAGCAGCCUGUGCGGUCUAAGACAGCUCUCCUCUGCUGCAGAAUCUCUUCGCGAGAAUCGAUGCAUGUUCUCUGCAGCUCUCUGCUGCCUUGAUGCAUCUAUCGAUGCCACUGACCCACUUACUUGCACUGUCUCUUGGCACCCAACCCAACAGCUGCCUUCACUUAUCUGGAUGCAUGAAUGGAUGGAUUAGAGGACCCCUGGCGAGGCUGUUUGUAACAAGGGCCCGGCACAAAAUGUGAUGCAUCGUUGUGCAACCUACAUUUUCUCAUACAUUUCCUCGAGACAAGACAACCUUGAAAUUUUUCCUCUUUCCCAUCGUACGUGUGUGUGCCAUGUUGACCAGUUCGGCCAGUUGACCAGCCGAAGACAAUGUCUUCGGCCAUCUGCACCCCUUGUCAGCGAAAGCGUUGAAGAUGAAUAUGAAGAAGAAAUUAAGCACACACAUGAAGAUUCUGGAUCCAGGAGUGUGCAUCGAUGUGGCACUUGAAGAUGCCCGAGGUGCGCAGAAAACGGCUUUGGCAUUCUUUGAGCGAGAGAAUGAUGCAUCUCAAGUUAACAACGCAGGUAGUAGCUUGCAGGAGCUGAAUGUCUGCAGUAAUUUUAUGUGGGUGAUGGCGAAUGGUUCCUUAUGCCCUCUGAAAUAAACACACGCUUUGAUGUGCAAAACUGAUGACUAAUCCCCUCUCAAGGUCAAAUUUAUCUGCAUCCUUCGCUAUCCAGGCAUUUCCGCCGGGAACAGCAAGAUCCGGAUAAACCGGGGUCAACUGUAUAUAUAUUCGAGCACAAGCUACUGAUUUGUGUGCUGCUAUACUGAGGCACCUUCCACCUGGCACUGAUAAAUGAAAUAACAUGUUAUAUUCAUAGUACAUGAUAGUAUUCAGCAUGCAGUCAUGUCACUGACUGCUUGAAACCAACUCCGGACAAUCUUUCAUGUUUUUCUUCAGUGACCUUUUUCCUGCUACAUCAGCUGCUGUAGCCACAACUCCCAGAAUUGCUUAUUUUAUUUCUAUUUUGGAAGCACAUUUUUCAUUCUCUGCAUCUGCCCUCAUACUGUGGUCAAAAAGAUUCAACUUGAACUACCAGAAUGCUUAAAAGAGACAGGAAGGUUCCUCAAGCUAGGGUACUGGAAACGUGAGUUUGAGGGCCUCUUCUUCUGUAUUGCAAAGGACAUGGUCAUGCUCCAAGACUGAAAACAGCGGAACCCUAGGACAAAAGCAAGAUAUGCAAAAGGAAAUUCAAUUGAUGCUUUCCAACCACAGGUCGAAAUCGGACAUGUGGACCCAUCAGUCAAGUUGCGUCCCUGAAGAGAUCAGACACCUAGGUUGUGGUAGAAUGUGCUCUGCUAGCUACAAAAAGAGGGUAAUCAAGAGAAAAAAUGUGCUGCAUGAAAGCAGGUUGAAAUAAACAAUUCUGUCAGUUGUGAGCACUUCAGUCAGUUGGUCACAUUUUCUUGUUUUUAUCUUACCCCGCUAUGGUCACAAUGCUAUCGGUUGUCCCAAAAAGGGAUAGAAGUUAGCUGUUGGACCUGCCUCACACCACCAAAUACAGAAAAGCCAGCAUGUUGCGGUCGUUAUCAGCCAACUCGAUAUCUGUAGCUCAAGUCAUACUGCUCUCCUUCAGGAUGUAACUCCCCUUCCACUUGGAGAAUAUAAUACUCCAGUUAAUAAGUCAAAUUAUCUGAAAAAAAUAGAGCCAAGGUUGUAACAGGAUUCUUUCAACAUCACAGCAAAAACACUGACUGUACAACAUGUACACGACAUAACAUGACAUAACAAGUGUGGAAGGUAGAUGUUCACGAUCCAACUGUUGACUGGAUUUCUGUGACAUUUGUGUCACAAUGUUAUUCUCGUCUCACGCUGUACUGCAUUGGUAUGUUGCUAUAGAGAAAUCAUCGGAGAGCCUCAGGAUUAGAUCCGCCGAUAUUUCGAAGAGGCUGUUCAUCUCGGUGCCCAGAAGAACAGUCUCUGUUCAAAAUGUCAUCUCUUCCCUUGCCGGUUCAAUGUAUUUUCUACCCUUUCAUGUUCCCGACAUGUAUUUUUAAUCUGAAGUGCUCUCACAGAAACAAGUAAGAAAAAGAAUUGAGUCAUCUCUACUGUUUGGAGGUCAGUAUGUAUAUGCUGCCAUUUCUGGAGUACAUGAUUCAUGCAGUCGAAAUUGCCAAAGUUGGUGCUUAUUGGGCUAGUUACUGCUUGUUACUCACUAGAUUAGCAAUCUUAAUUACAUGUUCAAUUCAAGGCAUGGCAGAGUUGACAUUUUGCAGUGUAUUGAAGGCUCCUGUCAACCUUAAUAUGAGUUGUCCUCGAAGUGGUGUAACGAUGCACUGUAAUCAAGUCCAGUACAAAAUUUGAUUGCAGCAAGCUAUUCAUGCUGAUGGCACUGUCUUGCACCUACUGUGGUGUAGUGCCAAGGACAACUAACCCCUUUCUGGUACCCUCUGUACAGUUCUUUCCUUGACAUACCAAAAAGCCCUCAUACAGCAUUGUAAGGGAAGUCCUUAUAGCCCCUACACAGACAUAAUUUUCCGAAUUUCGUUUUAAAAAAUUCCCAGAGGUGAUGUCACAUCCUUUCUUAUUAUGCUUAAGUCACUGUAAAAAACUUUCGGGCAAACUUGCAGCCUAAUAUUCAUUACUAAAAUUUUAUAGCCAGUGGUUCCGAUUUUGUGACGUCACCCUCUGCAGCCUCUAUUUUUUCUUUUCUUCUCAUGCCACUUUCAAAGCCACUGAUUCGAAAUAAAACUUACUUGUUAUGUUUCAUGUAUCCUAGAAUCACAUUUAUCUUGCUGGCACACCCUUGUAACAUUUGCAAAUGUGCAGCAGCCCAGCAAAACUGAAACUGCAUGUGAACAUGUGGUUAAACUUCCUUGUUAAUCUGCAAAACUACAAAGUUCCGUCGAACAUAGUCUUGCACAUGGCAUCUACAUGCCGCUUGCAGUCGGAUAUAACUCUGAAUUUGAUAAAACUAGCCAAUAGCUCUGGGAAAACCAAAUAAGCACUCCCCUCAUCAGUGUUCAGCAAACUGUGCAUCACCUUUGACUGCAAACACUGGGGACACUGCACUACACGUUUAGGAAUUAAAAGAGUGCAUGGCUCCCACUGCAUAGUUAGAUACUGGAGUGUUACUUCACCAUACUGAUACCAGGUGCAAUGACACGUAAAAGGCUGGAUAGGUAGGGAAGCUAUUUUACCUUUUCCCCCAUGAUCCCUGAGGUAGAGAAGCUAACGUUACUUUAAAUAAUGGUAGACAAUGGGAAGACUUGUAAUGCAAGUGUGGACAGCCAACUUUACAAUGUUGUUGAGAUUGCCGUAAUUUCACGCACAUUAUCCACACUGCAGAUAAGCCAUGGGCAGCUCCUCUUGCUGUUGUAGCAAGAUUUCUGACCGCUGAAUUUGUAGCAAAAUUUCAACUAAGCCGCCCCUGCAGAUAGGCUGCAAUAGAGUGGAAAAUUGUCCAAUAACUGAUGAAACUGAAAUUAACGUGGAGAAUGUGCUCAUUCUGCAUGAUUAAUUAGAAACAUACACUCCCAAUGUCCUCCAACGGUAGAUCGUGAAGCUGCGCCAUGCUGCGCUAAAACUCUUUUUUUCCUGCACCAAUGGUUGCGCCGGAAUGUUUCGAGGCACAUCCAUUACUGAGACAGCGAAAUUAAUUACUUUUAUUAUUUCGCUGCCCAAUCUAAGAAAUAACUACUUUCACGUUUGCACGUAUCACUUGAACAUCAGAUCGAGAAGUACAAAUCAGAUGGGGAAGUUACUCGACAAAGGGUACUCGUUACCAGCUAAGUUACUGUGCAAGAAAUGUAACUAAGUUACUAACCAAGUUACACGUAAAGAAUAUGGACUUCAAGUUACUUGCUACCCAAUAGUAUAUACUUUUUAGUUCUUGAUCUCUCUAUAGUUAAUUCAGAUCUUGAUCUCACAAUGGGUGAUGCAAGACAUUUCAAAAUAGUUUUGAUAUACAGAAACUACCAAUAUCUGAUAUGACAUAAGAAGCCUACAUUUAUGCUCUUUAGGGAGGGAUUUGAUGAUUUUGAUCUCGUAAUAAGGUUCUUCAACGGAACACAAGCCAAGUUUAUGUUCUAUGAGUUGUCCUCUAUGCACAUGUCGUAGAACUGCGCCAAGUUUGAACCCUUCUACAAAACACCCUCUGUCAUUAUAAAUACACUGCUUGUUACCUAGUAGAGCCUAUUACCUAAUGUGUAUGGCCAAAACAGAAUUUGUAACGUUCAUCGCGUAACAAGGGCGUCAGACGUGCCGUCCACAUGUGCACGUUGAUGUCAUCUCAGGUCACUAGGGAGGGAGGACACAGCUUGCGAUGUUUGUAGAUGAGAAUUGAACAAAAGGAAGUUGGAACCUUCUCCAAAUUACUCUGAGAAAGUUACCUAAAAAGUGAACUAGUUCCUCACGAAGUUACUGGAGCUCAAAAGUAAUGAAUUAAAAGUUACUAAGCUACUUUUUUUGGUAACGAGUUAUCCCCUGGUACAAAUACAUACGCACAUGAAACACCGGCACCACAUAUGCUCAAACUUUAUGGAUACACACAACUUCACCAACAUCUCUUCCUGAUCUCCAAUGCCAAAGUAACCAACCAUGAGACAUUACAAUUACCUUAGGAUGAAGCAGUUUUUGGCACUCGCAACUGGUAAUCCCUGUAGGACUAUAAGAUAUUGAAUGUCCCUCGCACUCUAGUAUGCUGUGCUGUUAAUGUGCACAACAAUGGUGUCAAUUCAGUGUACAUAAUGCGAUAGUGUGACGCAGGUCACACUUGUUGUCCUAGUGGACGACUCAAAGGGGAAAAAAAAAAAUAAAGAACGCUCAUUCUUCUUAAUGUUGGGAUUCUUCAUCUUCGUGCAAGUAUUGAUGAGAAUUUAGAAAUGCUCUCUACAUCUCUCUAUUUGCAGCAUUGUUUGUUUGGGAAACUUUUUAUACAACCACUAGCUACAAUUCUAUGUGGUAAGCACCCGGUGAAAUGCUUGUUUGCACUUUAAAGAGAUCUUUGAGGUGCGAGUGAUUCUGAAAGGAGAGUAUUGUUUUGGCACCUUUUGCCCAUGGUCAACUGACAUGUCAGCUGGUGGCACCUGUCAUUUUAUCUACAAGUUUGUGGAACAGAUUGCUGUGACAAAAUAAACAUACAUUUGUUCUUUUUGA